AAAUAACAAAUAAAAAUUCUCGUCGUAUUAAUCAUUGAUUUAGCCUCUUCUCUCUCUCUCUCUCUGAACUCAACCCUUCUUUCCUUCCGCGACGACAACAACAACGAUGACCAACUACGGCACAAUUCCAACCUCCUCCACACCUUCCACCAACCUCGAGUUCAUCUCACGCGCCAAGCAGCGCGUCAAGGAGGGACUCGGAACCCGCCGUCCAUGGAAGCUCAUGUUCAAUUUCCGAUCCUUCGCCCUCCCCGCCGGCGUCGGAGACGCCGUCUCGCGCGUGAGGGAGAACAUCUCCUACUUCCAGAUGAACUACGCGAUCGUCGUGCUCAUCGUGCUGUUCCUGAGCCUUCUCUGGCAUCCAAUCUCGCUGAUCGUGUUCGUGGUGCUCAUGGCGGCGUGGCUCUUCCUCUACUUCCUCCGCGACGAACCGUUAAUAAUCUUCGGAAGAUUAAUCAGCGACCGCGUCGUGCUUAUCGUCAUGGCGGUGCUCACCGUCGUGCUGCUGCUUCUCACCGGCGCCAUCGGCAACAUCCUCGUGGCGCUGCUCAUCGGAGCGGUGUUGGUGGUGGCGCACGCGGCGUUGAGGAAAACCGAUGAUUUGUUCUUCGACGAGGAAGAGGCCACUCGAUUGUCUCCUCCCGGUGCUCCUCUUUCUUGAUCCCCCAAUCUUCUCCUUCUGCUUCUUUCUGUGAAUUUCUUAUUUGGUCAAUUUAGUAAAUAAUUUUAGGUUCGGUUUAUAUGCUUUUGCCCUUUUUCGGAGGGGAAAUUUUCAUUUGGAGUCUGUCUGUGAAGAAAGAAAGAUGUUUGGUGAAGUGAAAUUCCUUUUCUUACGCUUUGUUAAUUUAAUUAUAUCAGAAUUUUUCUCUAUGA